AACCCUAAUUCUUGUAUUUCUCAUAUUCCGUCUUGUUCGUUCAUCUCACUGCUUAAACCCUAACCGUCACUGAUGGCUUCCGCAAGGGUAAUCCCCGACACGGUGGCGAAAGCGGUGGACGCUCUUCUGAAAUGGCGUCGCUCGCAAUCGGAAGCGAAAAAGCCAAAGCUCUUCGACGAAGACGAGGAAUUCGUGUACCUCAUCGUCACGCUGAAAAAGAUUCCCCAAAACGCUCGCGUGAACCCUCACAAGAUACCUCUCCCUCACUCUUUACUCUCUCAGUUCUCCGAACAGUGCCUCAUCCUCGACGACAGGCCCAACAAGGCCCGCGUUACCAAAGCCCAAGCCCAAUCCAAGAUCCAAUUGGAAUCCAUCCCCGUCUCGAAGGUUCUCAAGCUCUCGAAACUCGCCUCCGAUUACCGUCCCUUCGAGGCGAAACGGAAACUAUGCGAUUCAUACGAUCUCUUCUUCGCCGAGAAGAGCAUCGUUCCAAUGCUACCGCGUUUGCUUGGGAAGCACUUUUUUAAGAAGCGGAAGAUUCCGGUGCCGUUGGAUUUGAAGAAGAAGAAUUGGAAGGAGCAGGUAGAGAGAGCGUGUUCGUCGGCAAUGUUGUUCGUGAGGACCGGCACGUGCAGUGUUGUUAGGGUUGCGAAAUUGAGGAUGGAGAGGGAUGAGAUUGUGGAGAAUGUGGUUGCGGCAAUUGAGGGAGUGGCUGAGGUUGUACCGAAGAAAUGGGAGAAUGUGAGGUCGUUUCAUGUGAAGUUGUUGGAGUCUUUGGCGUUGCCGAUUUAUCAGGCGGUUCCGGAUGUGAGGUUGAAGAUUGAGGGAGUUAAGGUGGAGGAUGACGAGGAAAUGCCAAAGAAGAAGAGGAAGAAGGAUGGUGAAGUUCACGAUCCGAAUGAGGGAGGGAAGAAGAAGGGGAGAAUUCAUGAGGUUAGGUAUAUGGAUGAGAAUGUCAGUGAGGCUGUCGACAAUGAUGAGUUAGGGGGUGUUGAUGGUGAUGAUGAUGGUAGUGACGAUGAGAAGGUGGAUAUGAAGAGGGAGAAAGGGGUUUCGGGUGUGUUGAGUGGUGUUAAGCGAUCCAAGAAAUUGUCUGCGAAGGGAAGUGCCAAGGAGAAGAAGAGAAAGGCGUUGUCUGCUCCGAAGGCGGUUAAGGAGGGUUUGGUUGGGGAAAGUGGAAGUAAAUUAUCUGUUAUGGAUGAGGAGUUGGGUGUGAAGAAGAAGAUGAUGAAGAGGGGGGAUGUGAAGGUGAAAGCUAAGAAAAGUAAGAAGGCUGCAUGAGUUGGAUGUUGUUGUCCAUGAGUAUUUGAUGUUAGAAAUUACUGCUUGAGGUGGCUCUGUGCAAUCCCGUGUGCUUUUGCUUGUUGAGUCCUCUGGUGGAUUUUGUUUUUUUGACUAAGUCAUUAUGACAUUUGUUGUGUUUUAUUUUGGUUAUUUUGUCAUUUGCUAAUUCAAAUUUACUAUACUUGAGGUUUAGAAUGUAUGUCAGAUGGGUAAAAUCAGAAUGCUGCAAUGCCCACGAAUUUUUUAUAUACUUUGGUCAUUUAGAUAUUGCAUGUUGUCAGAGACCGACGUAGAAAUUGUUGGAUGAAUGUUGGUACUUCACUUUAAGCAAAAGCCUGUCAAUGAAAUGGUAGGAGAAUGUCGAGAACAAUUUAUGCUUUCAGUUUGUGAGGGCUGUUUCUUCUCCUCACAUUCUACUUAAUUUUGCUGUUUUCCUUAUAUAUUCUAGAACUUUACC